ACAAAGAUGCUGCCUACACCAUCUAAAUUCCACUAUAUCUUCAACCUUCGAGACCUUUCUAGAAUUUGGCAAGGAAUGUUAACUAUAAAGGCAGAAGAAUGCAACAGCAGCACUGUCCUUCUAACACUUUUUAAACAUGAAUGUACCAGAGUAAUUGCUGACAGAUUUAUUACUCCUGAAGAUACAGCCUGGUUUGAUAAAACUAUUACGAAAGCAAUUGAGGAAAAUGUGGAUACAGGCUUAACAGAAGUUCUUCAAGCUGAACCAUAUUUUGUAGAUUUUUUACGGGAGAUGCCUGAACCAACUGGUGAUGAACCAGAAGAUUUUGUGUUUGAACCACCAAAAGUUUAUGAGGAGAUUCCAAGCUUUGAAUUUCUUUGUGAAAAAUUACAAAUGUAUCAGAGACAAUACAAUGAAUGUAUUAGAGGAUCAUUUCUUGAUUUGGUGUUUUUUAAGGAUGCAAUGACACAUCUUAUUAAGAUUUCCCGGAUAAUUCGGACAGCAUAUGGAAAUGCAUUACUUGUUGGAGUUGGUGGUUCUGGAAAACAAAGUCUUUCAAGGUUGGCCUCCUUUAUUGCUGGCUAUAAAAUAUUUCAGAUCACUUUAACCAGAUCCUAUAAUGUAAGCAAUCUGACAGAUGAUUUAAAAUUGUUGUAUAGAACAGCUGGAGUAGAAGGACAAGGCAUCACUUUUAUUUUCACUGAUAAUGAAAUAAAAGAGGAGUCUUUUUUGGAAUAUGUUAAUAAUCUGCUGUCUUCAGGCGAGAUAUCUAAUUUAUUUGCUCGGGAUGAAUUGGAUGAAAUCACCCAAGGAUUAAUAUCUGUGAUGAAAAAAGAGAUGCCUCGGUGUCCUCCUACCUUUGAUAAUCUUUAUGAAUAUUUUUUAACUCGGGCAAAGAAGAACUUGCAUGUUGUCCUCUGCUUUUCUCCAGUUGGUGAGAAGUUCCGUGCACGUUCUUUGAAAUUUCCUGGUCUCAUAUCAGGGUGCACCAUGGAUUGGUUCAGUCGAUGGCCCAAGGAGGCUCUUGUAGCUGUAGCCAGUUAUUUUCUUUCAGAAUUUAAUAUGGUCUGCUCUGCAUCAGUUAAAACACAAGUUGUGGAAACCAUGGGUCUCUUUCAUGAUAUAGUUUCAGAAAGCUGUGAGAAUUAUUUCCAAAGGUAUCGAAGAAGAUCUUACGUAACACCUAAAUCCUAUCUCUCUUUCAUCAAUGGCUACAAAGAAAUUUAUACUGAAAAGUUAGAGAGUAUUAAUGAACAAGCUGAACGUAUGCAAAUUGGUCUGUCUAAGCUGAUGGAGGCCAGUGAAUCUGUUGCUAAACUCUCUGAGGAGUUGGCCAUUAAGGAGAAGGAACUGGCUUUGGCAUCGAUUAAGGCAGAUAAAGUACUAGCAGAAGUCACAGAAAGUGCUGAAGCUGCAGCUAAAGUAAAAAAUGAAGUCCAAGGUGUGAAAGAUAAAGCACAAAAAAUAGUAGAUGAAAUUGAUUUAGAGAAAAUGAAAGCAGAGAGUAAACUGGAGGCAGCUAAACCAGCAUUAGAAGAAGCAGAAGCUGCACUGAAUACCAUCAAACCAGUGGAUAUCGCUACUGUUAGAAAACUUGCAAAACCUCCUCAUCUAAUUAUGAGGAUCAUGGACUGUUGUCUGCUACUAUUCCAAAAGCAAGUAGAUCCAGUUACCAUGGAUCCAGAAAAGCCUUGCUGCAAGCCAUCGUGGGGAGAAUCAUUAAAACUUAUGAGUGGUCCAUUCUUGCAGAGUCUACAGCAGUUUCCUAAGGAUUCAAUCAAUGAAGAGACAGUAGAAUUACUCCAGCCUUAUUUUAACAUGGAAGACUAUACUCUGGAGUAUGGUAAAAAGGUGUGUGGUAAUGUGGCAGGACUCCUCUCUUGGACACAAGCCAUGGCAAUAUUUUAUGGUAUUAACAAAGAAGUCUUACCUCUUAAGGCUAACUUGGCAAAACAGGAAGGCCACCUGAAAAUAGCUAAUGCAGAAUUAGCAAAGGCUCAGGAGGCAUUAGAUGAAAAGCAAGCUGAACUGGAUAAAGUGCAGGCAAAGUUUGAUGCAGCAAUGAAGGAGAAAAUGGACUUACUGAAUGAUGCAGAAACAUGCAGAAGAAAAAUGCAAGCAGCCUCUGCGCUUAUAGAUGGACUGAGUGGAGAGAAAGCUAGGUGGACCCAGCAAAGCAAAGAAUUUAAAUCUCAGAUUAACAGACUUGUGGGAGAUGUACUGCUCUGCACGGGUUUUCUUUCGUACUGUGGACCUUUUAAACAAAACUUCAGGAAGCUUUUGCUUAAAGAUUUAUGGGAAGCAGAGAUGAGAGCCCAUAAAAUCCCCUUUUCUGAAAACUUGAACCUGAUUUCUAUGUUGGUAGAUCCGCCAACAAUUAGUGAGUGGAAUCUUCAAGGACUGCCUGGAGAUGAUCUCUCAAUCCAGAAUGGUAUCAUUGUCACUAAGGCAACUAGAUACCCCCUUUUGGUAGACCCACAAACUCAAGGAAAAUCAUGGAUUAAAAAGAAAGAACAGGAUAAUGAAUUACAGGUAACAACUUUGAAUGAUAAAUACUUCCGUACACACCUAGAAGAUUGUCUUUCACUGGGACGAUCGCUCGUCAUUGAAGAUAUAGGUGAAGAGUUGGAUCCAGUCCUUGAUAAUAUAUUAGAAAAGAAUUUCAUUAAAUCGGGAACUUCUUUUAAGGUGAAAGUUGGUGAUAAGGAAGUAGAUGUUAUGAGUUCAUUUAGACUGUACAUUACUACAAAGCUACCCAAUCCUGCUUUCACGCCUGAAAUUAAUGCAAAAACAUCGAUUAUUGAUUUUACUGUUACAAUGAAAGGACUUGAGAAUCAGUUACUGAGAAGAGUAAUUCUUACUGAAAAACAGGAACUAGAGGCAGAACGAAUUAAACUCAUGGAAGAUGUAACGUUUAAUAAGAGGAAGAUGAAAGAACUGGAAGACAAUCUUCUGUACAAACUAAGUGCAACCAGAGGUUCACUAGUAGAUGAUGAAUCCUUGAUUGGUGUUCUGCAAACAACUAAGCAAACCGCUGCUGAAGUAGCUGAAAAGUUGUCUGUGGCAGCAGAAACUGAAGUGAAGAUUAACACUGCUCAAGAGGAAUAUCGACCUGCUGCUACACGUGGAAGCAUUCUUUAUUUUCUUAUUACAGAAAUGAGCAUGGUCAAUAAUAUGUAUCAAACUUCACUGGCUCAGUUCUUGAAGUUAUUUGAUCAAUCCAUGACCAAAUCUAAGAAGUCUCCUUUACCUCAGAAAAGAAUCUCAAAUAUUAUUGAGUAUCUUACCUUUGAAACUUACUCAUAUUCUGUUAGAGGCUUGUAUGAAAACCACAAAUUCCUCUUUACCCUCCUCCUGACAUUAAAAAUUGAUCUUGAGAGAGGACAUGUGAAAAACAGAGAGUUCCAUGCACUCAUUAGAGGAGGUGCAGCACUGGAUCUACAGGCUUGCCCACCCAAACCUUUCCGCUGGAUUCUUGACAUGAUGUGGCUAAACCUAGUGGAAUUGAGCAAAAUUCCACAGUUUGCAGAAAUUUUGAAUCAGAUAGCCCAUAAUGAAAAGGGAUGGAAAAGUUGGUUUGAUAAAGAUGCUCCCGAGGAAGAAAUUAUACCUGAUGGAUAUAAUGAUUCCCUUGAUACCUUUCGCAAGCUUUUACUCAUCAGGUCUUGGUGUCCAGACCGAACACUUUCCCAAGCCAGGAAAUAUAUUGCAAAUUCCUUGGAUGAGAAAUAUACAGAACCAGUCAUUUUGAAUUUAGAAAAAACUUGGGAGGAAAGUGACACACGAACACCUCUCAUCUGUUUCUUGUCUAUGGGAUCUGACCCAACUAUUCAGAUUGAUUCCUUGGCUAGGAAGCUUAAAUUAGAAUGUAGAACCAUCUCCAUGGGUCAAGGACAAGAAGUUCAUGCACGCAAACUCAUACAGAUGUCAAUGCAACAGGGAGGCUGGGUGUUACUUCAGAAUUGUCAUCUUGGACUGGAUUUUAUGGAUGAACUACUGGAGACACUUCUUACUGCUGAGAUACAGAAUGAGACAUUUCGAGUUUGGAUAACUACGGAACCACAUCCUAAAUUCCCAAUUACGCUGCUACAGAUUGCUAUAAAGUUCACAAACGAACCUCCCCAAGGUGUACGUGCCAGUUUGAAAAGAACAUUUUCUGGAAUUAAUCAGGAUCUGUUAGAUGUUAGCAAUAUGCCUAUGUGGAAACCUUUGCUUUACACUGUAGCUUUCCUGCAUUCUACAGUUCAGGAACGACGCAAGUUUGGGCCUUUGGGUUGGAAUAUUCCUUAUGAAUUUAACUCAUCAGACUUUACAGCCAGUGUUCAGUUUAUACAAAAUCACCUAGAUGAAUGUGACAUCAAGAAGGGGAUAUCAUGGAGCACGGUACGCUACAUGAUUGGAGAAGUACAAUAUGGAGGCCGAGUCACAGAUGACUUUGAUAAACGUCUUCUUAAUUGCUUUGCAAGGGUAUGGUUUAAUGAAAAGAUGUUUGACAGCACUUUCUGUUUUCACACUGGAUAUAAAAUUCCAGUAUGCAAAACCCUGGAACAGUAUUUUGAAUACAUCAAGUCACUCCCUGCCAUGGACAGCCCAAAGGUCUUUGGUCUCCAUCCUAAUGCUGAUAUUACAUACCAAAGUAAUACAGCAGCUGAUGUUCUAGAUACCAUUACCAACAUUCAGCCUAAAGAAAGCGGUGCAGGACCUGGAGAAACUCGUGAAGCAAUCGUUUAUCGUUUAGCUGAAGACAUGCUAGAGAAACUUCCUCCAGAUUACAUAGCCCAUGAGGUAAAAGCUCGUUUAAUUAAAAUGGGACAACUUAACUCUAUGAAUAUUUUUCUUCGGCAAGAAAUUGACCGAAUGCAAAAGGUCAUCACAAUACUCCGCAACACUUUGAAUGAUCUUAAAUUAGCCAUAGAAGGAACUAUUAUUAUGAGUGAGAAUUUGAGAGAUGCACUUGAUAAUAUGUAUGAUGCUCGAAUUCCUCAAGUAUGGAAAAGAGUAUCUUGGGAUUCUUCAACACUUGGCUUCUGGUUUACUGAACUUCUGGAAAGAAAUAAUCAAUUCUCUACUUGGAUAUAUGAAGGAAGACCAAAUGUGUUUUGGAUGACCGGAUUCUUUAAUCCACAAGGAUUCCUGACAGCAAUGAGACAAGAAGCAGCUCGAGCACAUAAAGGCUGGGCUUUAGAUACAGUUACAAUACAUAACGAAGUGCUAAAGCAAAACAAAGACGAAAUCACAGCACCUCCUUCUGAAGGAGUAUAUAUCUAUGGGCUAUACUUGGAAGGUGCAGGCUGGGACAGACGAAAUAGCAAACUCAUUGAAUCUACACCAAAGAUUCUUUUUGUCCAGCUGCCUGUGGUGCAUAUAUUUGCUGUUAAUACAACCAGUCCUAAGGAUCCCAAGCUCUAUGUCUGUCCUCUUUACAAGAAGCCCAAGAGGACAGAUCUGAACUAUAUUACAGUGAUCUAUUUAAGGACAGCAGUGUCUCCAGACCACUGGAUAUUGAGAGGAGUGGCUCUCCUGUGUGACAUUAAGUAA